GAAACUCUUUGCGAUAACGCAUUGCAGCAGAUUUUUUUUAGAUUGUUUUGUCAAGCCAAUGGGGUUCGACAUGCUAUAACGGCGUUUGAUUGGUACCAAAUUAAAUUCGAUUUUAAAUUAGAUACGCUAUAUAAAACCACAGGGGAGAUCGGAUUUGUCUCACUUGGUUUCACUCGUGCGGUCGUCGUUUCAGCUGGUGAACUUAACGGGGUGAAAAAGAAAUGGCGGACUUGAAGCCGAGAGAUCUGGAAUGCGCAGAAUUUUGUAUCGAAGUAUUUGGCAACAGCGCCAAAGAACUUGACGCGAUGUAUUUGGGAAAAUUUAUGUACAACAUGAAUGUGAAUCCCAGUCAAGAAAGACUAAUCCAACUCGGAAUGACCAAAAAGGAAGGUGAGAAAACUUUCAAGUUCGACGAACUCCUACCUAUGGUUUCUGAUUUGAAGAAAGAAAUCAAAGAUCAAGGCUGCUAUGAAGAUUUCGUGGAAUGUCUCAAGCUUUACGACAAAAAUGAAAACGGUCUGAUGCAAUCGGGAGAAUUGAGUCAUUGUUUGCUAACAUUAGGAGAAAAACUCACAGACGAUGAAGUAGACGUACUUUUGGAGGAAUGUUUAGAUGAAGAAGAUGAUGAUGGUCAAGUUCCUUAUAUUCCUUUCCUUAAAAGGAUGUGUGAAAUGGAGCCCCCAUUGAAACCAUCGAAGAAGAAACUGUGAUGCUUCCUAAUAUUAUUUAUUACCAUUAUCAUUAACAACGCUCUGCUUGUGAAUAUGCUUCUGCUAAAAAAGUUUUACUGCCAUUAAUA